UCUGACGCUUCGCUGCGGUGGUUCCCGGGCGGAGCUCCGGGGCAGCGAUAAAGAGCGAGGGUUCAGCCCUGUUAUCCUCUUAGUCAGCCUGGCCGUGUCCGUCCUGCUGCAUGGGCUCCUCUGCCGCGCAGUAGGCGGUGGGCUGGGCAGACGUGCGGUGACCAUUGCGCGCUGAGGUCGGGCUGGGAUUAUGGCUGAUUCGGAGAGCGGCGAGAGCGGCGGCAGCGAGCCAGGCAACCGGUUCGCUCGGCAGGGCGCCCUGCGCCAGAAGAACGUGUGCGAGGUGAAGAACCACAAGUUCAUCGCCCGCUUCUUCAAGCAGCCCACCUUCUGCAGCCACUGCACCGACUUCAUCUGGGGCUUUGGGAAGCAAGGAUUCCAGUGUCAAGUUUGCUGCUUCGUGGUACACAAGAGGUGUCAUGAAUUUGUUACCUUCUCCUGCCCUGGAGCAGAUAAAGGACCCGACACUGACGAUCCAAGAAGCAAACACAAAUUUAAAAUCCACACUUAUGGGAGUCCUACUUUCUGUGAUCACUGUGGCUCGCUGUUAUAUGGCCUCAUUCACCAAGGGAUGAAAUGUGACACCUGCGACCUGAACGUACACAAGAAGUGUGUCAUAAAUGUACCCAGCAUGUGUGGGACUGACCACACAGAGAGGAGGGGCAGGAUAUUCCUGAAAGUGGAGGUUGCCAAUGACAGUCUGCUCCGUGUCACAGUAAGGGACGCUAAAAAUCUAAUCCCCAUGGAUCCAAAUGGCCUCUCAGAUCCCUAUGUUAAACUCAAACUCAUCCCUGAUCCCAAAAGUGAAAGCAAACAGAAGACGAAGACCAUCCGGUCAACCCUCAACCCCACCUGGAAUGAAUCGUUCACUUUUAAACUGAAGAAUAGUGACAAAGAUCGACGACUCUCAGUGGAGAUCUGGGACUGGGAUCGCACCACCAGGAAUGACUUUAUGGGUUCCUUGUCCUUUGGUGUGUCCGAGCUGAUGAAGUCUGGGGCGUCUGGCUGGUUCAAGCUGCUUAGCCAAGAAGAAGGAGAGUACUACAAUGUUCCCAUAAUGGAGGAUAACGGGGAUUCUGAACUUCACCAGAAAUUUGAGAAAGCCAAACUUGGACCAGCUGGUAAAAAGGUGAUCGAGAAGAAACCAAGUUCACCAUCGAAUAAUUUGGACCAUGUGAAUAUAUCAGACUUCAACUUCUUAAUGGUGUUGGGCAAAGGAAGUUUCGGCAAGGUGAUGCUAUCAGAAAGGAAGGGAACAAAUGAGCUUUACGCCAUCAAGAUCUUAAAGAAAGAUGUGGUCAUUCAGGAUGAUGACGUUGAAUGUACCAUGAUUGAAAAGAGAGUCCUGGCCCUGAUGGAUAAGCCCCAUUUCCUAACACAGCUCCACUCUUGUUUUCAAACUAUGGAUCGCCUUUAUUUCGUCAUGGAAUAUGUGAAUGGUGGUGAUCUAAUGUACCACAUUCAGCAAGUUGGGAAGUUCAAGGAGCCCCAAGCAGUUUUCUACGCAGCAGAGAUUGCAGUUGGCCUGUUCUUCUUGCAUCAGAAGGGGAUCAUUUACAGAGACUUGAAACUGGAUAAUGUGAUGCUGGAUGCAGAGGGACAUAUCAAAAUUGCAGAUUUCGGCAUGUGCAAAGAAAACAUAUUUGACAAUGUGACAACUCGAACUUUCUGUGGGACACCAGACUACAUAGCACCAGAGAUUAUUGCUUAUCAGCCAUAUGGAAAAUCUGUGGAUUGGUGGGCCUAUGGGGUAUUGCUUUAUGAAAUGCUGGCUGGUCAGCCUCCAUUUGAUGGGGAAGAUGAGGAUGAGCUCUUCCAAUCUAUCAUGGAACACAAUGUAUCUUAUCCUAAAUCACUCUCAAAAGAAGCUGUCUUGAUCUGCAAAGGGUUGAUGACAAAGCAUCCAGCAAAGCGUCUUGGAUGUGGACCCGAGGGAGAAAGGGAUAUUCGGGAUCAUGCUUUCUUCCGAAGAAUUGACUGGGAGAAACUGGAACAAAGGGAGAUACAGCCUCCAUUCAAACCAAAAGUGAGUGCCACAUACAAGGCAGAUUUCACUCGUUGUGGCAGAAGUGCUGAAAACUUUGACAAGUUUUUCACAAGAGGCCAGCCAGUGUUGACACCACCUGACCAAUUGGUCAUCGCUAAUAUUGACCAGGCAGAGUUUGAAGGAUUCUCAUUUGUAAACCAAGAGUUCAUUCAUCCCAGUUUAACCAAUGUUAUAUGAAGAGGACAAGCAAUUGCAGCGAGCCUUUGUUUAAAAUGACUAUAAUCAAUCAACCAUUAACUUUACAAGAUUAAUAAUGUUCAGAAAAGGUUAAGGAACAUGCACUUUUAACUUUUAGAAAAAAACAUUAAUAAACUUUAUGAAGAUUUACUGACAAAAUUUUAAAGUCCAACUUUAAAUUGUCUAAUAUAAUUGUGAACUGCCUUGAUAAAUAAAGCAAGAUUUUUAGGAAGGCAUUCUCCUCUGCUGAAUUUUAGCAUUUUUUUUAAAGAUGUUGAGGUACAAAUUGCAAUAUAUAUAUUUGGCCCCCAAGGGACCAGUUCUUUUUCCCUUUGUCUUCCCAAUUUUAGGUUGGUUCAAUAGCCUUUUCAUAAAAAACAAAUAGGAAACAAAUGUGUUUCUCCAGAAAUGUAAUGGUUGAAAUAUGUUUAAGUAAAUCAAAAAAUGUUAAGAAAUUCUCAUUCUACAAUUUGCACUAAUAUGUACAACUUAUUUCCAUCUGGAUAAAUGAACAAUAAAGCUUUGUUGAAGACAGAAUUAGUUGAAAGGAGUAAAACAAAAUGAUCAAAUUAUUUUGGCAUUUUAACAAGCACUAGAGAUCUAUUGUCCAAAGUAACCACUGAAAGGAUGUUAACAUAUUUUCUCAAGUGAAAUAUUCAGUUUAACACAUUCCUCUUUAAAGGUACAACUUAUUCUAGUGCAUAAAGCAAAUAUUCAGAACAGAUAACCAUUCUACUAAUUGUAUAUGAAACUACAAAAAUAAUGCUGUGCUUCAGUUGUCUAGUUCAUAUUACAUUAUGAUUUAUAGAAUGGAAUGAUUGUUAUUUCCAAGAAACAAUCUUUUAGUAUGACAAUGUUUUGUUAUAUCAUAAUUCAAUGUGUUAAGGGAGCACACCAUAUAACAACAUGUCAAGAUUUCAACUUUUGUCAAAUACGCUACAUAUAUGAUUUAAACUGAGUCACAAAAGUAACAUCCAACCACUUGUGCAUGCCAUUCAGGAAAAUGACAGGAAAUUUCUUGCUUAAGUCCCCUUUUAAGGUACUGAUUGCAGGCUUCCGUGAGCUUCAAGGGGCCUACCACACCAAGGCACAGAAGGUCUUUUUCUUAAGUUGUUUCCUACUACUGAUGUAGAUCAACUUUUAAAAGUAAAUACAUAUUAAAAAAACCAUAAUGAUUGAAGCAUUGUUUGGUUCACAAACCUGGCUCAACUAUUUUCAAACUUGCCAUUUUCCUUAAUUUUAAACAGUAAAUGCUAAUUCUUAAAGAGUGAUAGUAAGUCCAUCUGGGCAUCUUAAUUCAGUUAUGAAAUGAGAGCCAGUUAAGAAUAUUUUUGCCUUGAUUUUGGAAAUCGUAAUUUAGUUAUUCACUAUUCUGCCUUUGGAAAUUGCACGUCAGAAUACAAUUAGCAUGCUGUCAAUAGGUGUUGCAUGCAAUGAGGCCUAAAUUUUGAAAGCACGUAUGUUUGGUUAUUGGUCUAAGUAGUGUUUGUCAUUUCCAAGUUGAAAAUUUGCACCUUUUAGAAAUAAAUUUCAAUUGAAAAUGCCAAGUUUUUAAAAUUAUAUCCUUGUUACAUUUCUUUGUGCUGUUCCUCCCACUUCACAAGUCAGUCAUAUUGCUGACUAUGUCAAGUUACUAUUAAAGGUACAGUCACUGUACAUAUGCAUCCAGCCUAUUGUUAGUUGAAACAGUAAUAUUGAAAACCAGCACUAAUUGAUGUUACAAGCAAAGAUUUUAGAUGAACGAUGCAAAUAGUUAAUAUAUAAAUGCCUAAUAUAGUUAAGCACUAUCUCUCAGUUUAAAGUAAUCUUGUGGACCAAAAUUUUUAUUGAGUUUGCUUAACCAGCUUGAAUACAUAUUUAAUGAAUCAGAGGUAGGAGGGAAGCAAGGAACAUGCAUGUAAGUUAAAUGCUAAAAUAUGGACAUUUUUGUGAUGGUUUAAGAUUGGAAAUAAAGUUCAAGGUUGA